ACGGGUGGAAAUUCAAGCGACGGUGUUGGUGUUGAUGGGAGGAAGAUGGCGGCGUCCAAGGUGAAGCAGGACAUGCCUCCUCCGGGAGGUUAUGCUCCCAUUGAUUAUAAGAGAAACCUGCCGAAAAGGGGGCUUUCUGGUUACAGUAUGUUCGGCAUUGGGAUUGGAGUAAUGCUCUUCGGCUACUGGAGGCUUUUCAAAUGGAACAGAGAGAGGAGGCGUUUGCAUAUUGAGGAGCUGGAGGCUCGGAUCGCUCUCCUGCCUCUCCUACAGGCUGAACAUGACAGAAGGACGUUACGCAUGCUCCGGGAAAAUCUGGAGGAAGAAGCCGUCAUCAUGAAGGAUGUGCCAGGCUGGAAGGUGGGCGAAAAUGUUUUCCACACAGACCGCUGGGUCACUCCUACCACAGAUGAGCUCUUUAACCUUCGACCUCAGGAAGAGCUUCUGCACAAGAGGUUUGGCUUCCUGUGGUACGUGUAAGCUGGAGGACCAGAGGACAGUAGAUCAUCCACCUGCAUCUAACCCGCUUUGUCUCUGUGUGUGUGACAGAGGAGCAGCGUGUUAGUGUUCAGACUGUAAAUGUUUAAAAUAUUAAAUAUGUUUUCUUUGCUUCCCAAAAA